GAUGUGCGCAUACGUUCCGCAUUCGUGCCACAAAUCACACGGACGCAGCACAUUGUUUCGACUUUUGAAAAAUUUUUAUUCGCGACAUUUGUGCGUUAUCAGUGCAUAGUGCAACAGUUUGUAUUGUUAUUGUGGUUAGUAUGAAUUGUGGCAUACCAAACGAUAAAAAGUGCGCGCACUGUUUCAUUAUUGAAGCUAAUUAAGAUUAAUUUUUAACCAUCCGGCGGCGGUGGCGUACACAAGGGGGGAAAACGCAGCCCGGCAGCUGUUUACACAUCUCCAUCCUUCCUAGGGCAACGUGCUGUGCGCCCAUCCAGCCAUGGGCGCGAAAUUAUUGUGUCGCCGAUUUAUCAAUUUUAAUUUUCAUGCGCGCGAACCGAAGUGAACGUCAGUCAACUCUACACGACACACAUACAACAAGCAUACACUUUGGUUUCGUAGAAUAUGUACUUGAAAAGAAUUUAAUCAUUGUAAAUAUUCUAAACAAACACGAAACUUUAUUUAACUCUAUCGUUGGAUAAACACGUAAAAUUUGACUUGUACAUUGAAUCGAAUCGGAAUUAAAUUUAGUUAAAUUGUGAGUGCAAUACACGUUGGAUUACUUGAAUAUUCAAUCAUGGAGGGUGACGAUUUGGAUAAUUCACAGUUUAGCGUUUUAGUUAGAUAUUCAGAGGGAAUGAUGACUGCAGCCGGCGUGGUGACAUUAUUUAUCAUGAUAAUCGGCGUCAUCGGCAACUUACUAACCGCCAUCGCACUGCUGAGACAUUCAAAGAUAAGAACUGUUGCUGCCGCUUUCAUUGCCAGUUUAUGUGUUUCGGAUUUAUUAUUCUGUUGCCUGGUGUUACCCUUCGCAGCAAGUCAAUUUUUCCAUGGAAAAUGGAUUCACGGGGACGCGUUAUGUUCCUUAGUUCCUAUGAUGAGAUAUGGUAGUGUUGGUGUGUCAUUGAUAAGCGUAGCCACAAUAUCAAUCAAUCGCUAUAUUCUCAUCGCAUAUCCAAACGUCUAUCCACAAAUCUACACGAAAACCAAAGUAGCGCUCUACAUUGCCGCCAUUUGGAUAUUUAGUUACGGUUUGAUGAUGCCUACCUUCUUGGGUGUCUGGGGCACUUUCGGAAGAGAUGAUAAACUUGGAACUUGUUCGAUUAAUCGUGAUGCAAAUGGACGAUCACCAAAAGUCGCUUUGUUUAUGUUUGGCUUCGCUAUGCCAUGCUUAGUUAUUAUUAUUUCCUACGCGAAUAUUUACUGGGUUGUCAGACAAUCGCAAAAACGUGUCGCGCAACAUUCGUCGAGCAAUCUAAACACGCGACGCAGUGAGAUGCACAUUACUAAAAUGGUCAUUGUUAUUUUUGUCGCCUUCGUUGUCUGUUAUCUCCCCUUGACAAUCGUGAAGAUAUUCGACCCGCAGUUACGAUUCCCGGCGAUUCACAUCACGGCUUAUCUGCUGCUCUACACUGCGUGUUGUAUUAAUCCGGUUAUUUAUGUUACGAUGAACAAACAGUAUCGUGAUGCUUAUUGGGCUACUUUAAGAUGUACAUCGCGGUCUUAUAGAUUCGAUUCGAAGAGUCCGGAUAAUGUGCAGAAUAGUAAAUCGUUUAUGUCGGUUAGUUAUUUGAAAAAUAUGGUUGCCAAGAAUCCGAAGGGAUGAAAAAGUCACUGAGAUUUUGUAAUCCACGAGAUAUGUGUUCAUGAAGAAACAGUAAUGAUGUUACCGUUAUUCGGUAAUCGCUAUUUGUAUGGAUUGAAAACUAUAGUAUUAAUUUAUUUGAUUUUUGUAUUUGUACAUAUUGUAUUGAAUUCCAAAGCCAUGCUAGUAUUAAAUACGCCAACAUUAUUGUUACAUUUCAUUUGUAUGGAUAUAAUAAAUAUUUAAAACUUA